GGUGGCUAGAAGCCGAGAGGAGACACAUACGGGAGAUGCCAAACAUCAAAACGAGUGACGCCUCUUGUAUUCAAAGAUCGUUAAACAAACUACAUCAUCAUCCUGCGCCUUUGUUGUCAGACGGUACGCGACUGUUUAUCCUUCGAGAUAGCUAAUCUGGUCAAUUGUAUGGGAACAAAUAUAAAUAAUGUUCACAAUGAAUCGUAUUAUGCUACUGUAACUUAAUCGCCACGAUAGUGGGAUCUGUAGAAAAUUAAGUCGAAGGAGCCGGUGGCUAUCUAGGAGGAAGUUUGACAGAUCGAGGAGAGUACACAUGUCGUCUGCAGCAGGGACAGUGGAAAAUGCCUCCAUCAUUUCAGAGAGUGUGGCACACGAAGGAAACCGGUUGUGGAUAGGCAACAUUGAUCCCAAAAUCACAGAAUAUCACCUGGUGAAGUUGUUGGAGAAGUUUGGCAGUGUGAAACAGUUUGACUUCCUGUUCCAUAAGUCCGGGCCUUUGGAGGGGCAGCCACGUGGCUACUGCUUUGUCAACUUCAACACCAGAGAGGAGGCCGAGAGAGCGAUCCAGUGUUUAAAUGGGAAGCUAGCUUUGUCCAAGAAGCUGGUUGUGCGCUGGGCACACGCACAGGUGAGGAGGUUUGAAGGUUUCCGUAAUGACAAGACGAUGCCUCCGAGCCUUGAACCGUCAUCCAGCGGUGGGAAAGAGGACGGACCCAUUGCUACCAACCACCUCAGUACGAGUGCUAAGAUCCGCGCCAUCGAGGCCAAGCUCCAGAUGAUGGAGGAGAAUCCAGAUGAUGACUACUCGGGCCCGUCGGCCUACGUUUACAACAAGCCGCCAGAGAGGAAACGCUGGGAGCCCUAUUCUAAAUCACACCACAAUAACCAGAGCAGGCCCUUCCGCAAGUUUAGGAGAUGACCCAUCCUCCCACCCAUUUUGGAGAUCCCCCCAACCCUCUGCACCUACACACCGCAGCCACCAACCACACACAAACAGACUGUACAGAUACUGUAAAGACUACACACAUCCUAUCUGGGAAUAAAGUCAUUCAUAAAACUUUGGGAACCGGAACUCUUUGGAAGUAAUCACAGCAAUUAUGGACCAGUACCCAAAGUGGUUUUUAGUUGUUCUGGGUUACAGCAUCACUUGUUGUUUAGUCUUAACGUGUGCCCACGUACCUGGCCACCUUGCAGGUUGGAUCCAUUGUCAAUCUGCUUUCUCACUUUUGCAGAGAUUUCGUGCAGGUGAAUCAUACAGCCGUGAGUCACGUUGCUGGGGAAGAGAAAUGUUCUAAUUAAGGAGUCUGAAUGCUCUUAUUCUUUAAUGUUUUUAAUUUCAGGUUGUAUUAUUUAAAGGUGAAAUACAGUUUGUUUGGGUUUUUUUUUUUGUCUUUACUAAAGAUUUCAAUGAAGACGAAAUAAAGAGAUUUCCAACAGAUUUGUAUUAAUAGAAUCUGAACGAUAAGCCACAAGCCACUCAGCGAUUCGUACUGUAAGCUGUGGUAUUUUUGUGUGAUAUUACUUACUCUUUUCCAAAUAGUUUACCUGUUUUUUUUCCCCUUGGAUCCAAUUUUUUAUACGACUUCAGUCACACUCUUUUUACUGGCUUGUUUGUCGUGUGUGGAGCUUUGGUAUUUCUCUUGCCACAGUCUCUUUAUUUUCAUUUUUCAAUUAAAGAGAAUUCAGUAUCACACAAUA